UUAAAUAAACGAGAAAUAACAAGUAAGUUACUUCUUUGAAAGUCUUACGGACUAAUCAUGCCGUGCGCAGCACUUAUUGAACAGAUAAAAUUGCGCUAUGCUAAUUUUUCGAAAAAAAAUUGGUCUCCUACUAAAACGCAUUUUGAAAAAAGAAAUUACGACAGCUACUUUUAACUGUAUAAUCUCCGGAGAUGGUAAAGAAAAUAUGUUUUCUGUAGAAAUCCCUAUGGACAAAACAGUUAGUAACCUAAAGUCUUUGAUCAAGAAAACGGUAAAACCGAGGUUUAACAACGUUAGCAUUACACAAAUGGAUCUGUAUAAGCUUAAUUUCCCUCCUAGCCAACUUAGAGGUUCUGAGCCUAACUUGGUGAAAUUGAGAGAACCAUGGAAACCAAUUGAGACUUUCUUGUCAUUUGAAUUUCGUCCCUUCGUAAAAGAAAAUAUUCACCUCGUCGUUACACCCGUUCACUGGAAGGAAGUUAACUGUACUGUCAAGUACAAACACGAAACAAGAAAAUUUAUAUGGCAGAUAACGCAGGAUAUAGGAUCAUUGUCCCAUUUUAAAAAUAAACUUAGUUCAGUUUUUACCGAAAUCAGCAACAUCGACUAUCAGUCGUUGAAAAUCAAAAGCGAAGAUGUUGAAACCUACGAGGUUAAGAACGUAGAAGAUGAUAAUGACCUAUAUAAAAUAGUAUGGGCGGAUAACUAUAGGGUCAACAUUAACGUUGAGUUAACUGUAUUGUAAGAAAUCGCACCCACUGUUUUUAUCCACAUCCCGAAGUAAGGGGUUAUCCCCAUUCUGAAUGUAUUCUUAUAUUUUCUUAGUUUAUGUAUUGUUUAUCUUUUUUUCGUCCUGAUGACAUAUUCUCAAUAAACAAAAUGUAUUAGUUACAUGGGAAAGGUCAAGUGUCGAAUAAGUUUUUUGUUGUUGCGUAUAACGAGGUUCUACUAAAAAAGUACGGUAUUGGGGUUAUGAUUAAUAGUUGAGACACUAGUAUUCUGUUCGCACCCGAUGGAACCUUUUUAGACUAUUGAAAAACUGUCAAGCGUUGACAGUUUGUCCUAAGUAAGCUUCAAGAAAGCAGGUUUAUAUUUUUUGUUGUUA